AUGUCUACCCCACCACCCUCCUCGAGCUCGAGCUCGUCAGAGACAAACUCCCCGUCUCCCCCCACCCCCCUCGUUGAACUUAAAUCCGACCCCAGCGAGACGCUCGAGUUCCUCCUCCAGACCAUGGCUGCACAAGCCCAGGCACAGCAGCAGGCCAACGACUCACCCUUCGACACUACCCAGCAUGACUGGAGCCAGCUAUCCUCGUGGGCGACGCCUCAGGACCAGAAGUACGACAUGUCUGCCGACUUCAACUUCACCCUCCCCAUGGACCUCGACUUCGAUCCCAACAUGGCAGUCGACCCGUCCGCCCUCCAGUUCACCACCAUCUUCGACCAGUCGGCCUUCGCUGCACCACACGAUAGUUCCUUCAUCAUGUCAAACGAGAUGGUCCCGAACAACCAGAUGCUUUUUGGCGACGACUACGCUAUGCCCUCAUUCGAGCCCCAUCCCACUCGCCGAAUGAGCAUAACCUCGUCUUCCUCCUCCUCUGGGGCCUCACUCUCCCCAGUCAUGGAACCCGCGCACGUCGUGUCCGCUUCUCCUCCGUCAGAUGUCGUCCUCAACGACCCGGCGUCGGAACUUGCCCACCGUGUAAGACAAAUGGCUGGCGUCACCCUCGCUGUCCCGGUCAGCGCGCAGGUACAGCAACUCGCAGCGGCCGGAGGCCAGUCCAAGCUGCCCAUCCCGCGCCUGAAGCAAAGUCCGACGCCUGCGCCGGCUCCGAGACGGCCCGCCAGCAAAUCUUCUCCUUCUGCUUCCGAGACAGACUCCCCCACCGCGUCCUCUGCGUCCCCCUCCUCGUCCGCGCCGUCAGAGCAGGCCCCAUCGCCUCCACCGGAGCUUCUUCAACCCGCUCCUACGCAGACUGUCAUCGGCAGGCCGAAGACUAGCCACACUACGAUUGAGCGGCGGUACCGGACCAACCUGAACGCGCGUAUCACCGGUCUGAAGCAGUCUGUUCCCGCCUUGCGCGUGCUCGAGGUCAAGGCCGGCGUGCCGAGCCCAUGGAACGAUGUGGUCGACAGCCGUGGCUUCGUGGACGGUGUUAAGGUCGCACGGAAGAUGAGCAAGGCCAACAUUCUUGGCAAAGCCACAGAGUACAUUCGUGUCCUCAAGAAGCGCGAGGCCCGUCUCAAACGCGAGCAGGAUGGCCUCAAGUCCCUUGUGGGCGGUCUUGUUGGCGGACCUGCUCUGCUCAAGGAGUGGGAGCGCGAAUGGAAGGAACGUUUCGGUGGUGAGGAGAAGGAUGAGGUCGAGGAUGAUGAUGCGCAGUGCGGAAGCGAUGACGAGGAGGGUGACGACAGCGACGGUGAAGACGAGGAGGGACGCGCGCGCAAGAAGGUGAAGCUUGCGAAGUCAGCCAAGAAGGAAAAGCCUUACAGGCCGCCGCCGCCGCCACCCGUCCCCGGUGUUCCCGGCGUGGUGCCAGAGAAGCGCAAACGUGGUCGUCCCCGCAAGAUUCCUCUCCCCACCUCUGCUCCUUCGAUGCCCAACUCUGGGGCUCCCACUCCUGCGGGUGCUUCGCCUAUCUUCGCUGUUGACCAGCCUCUGCAAGAUUCUUACAUGCAGGUCAAGCAAGAGGGCAUGCCUCAGCAGCCGGCCACUCAGCAGUACCUCCUCGCUGUCUUUGCGUUUUUCUCCGUCUUCAACUCUCCCUUAACGUCCUCAUUCAACGCUCACACGACCGCCCCCCACGAACACCAUGGCACCGUCCUCACACCUCAUUCACCUACGCACACUCAAAUCCCCGUUCACGGCCCUCGCAGCUUCACGCUGAACGAGUUGGCUCAAGCCGCGCACCUGCUUGUCUCGACGUUGCUCUUCUUCUAUGUCGUGGUUCCCUGGCUUACCGGAACCCUCCGCAAGUCGAGCAUCCCCACCCGUUUUGCUUCGCUGUUCCUCGGCUUUAGGCGUAAUGCGCGUCGUUCAUUGCCUAAGCCCAAUGUCACCGCUCGCAACGCUCUUUUGAACGCCCUCUCGCCCGGUGCUCGCGGGAACCCGGAUGAGGCGGCUCAGCUCCGCGCCGCCCUGGGUGUCUCCGAUGGCACCAUCGGGCUACUCCAGAGCGUGAUCAAGGCUGCUCGUCGUGAUCGCGGCAUCGAGCUCAACCAGCUUGAGCAGCGUGCUUGGGUUCGCCUGGGAGAGCUGAUUGCUUUCGAUGGAUCUGUCGGUAACUCGACCCGCUUGCAAACGUACUGGUGCAUGUCAUGGCACAUUUCGACCUUCGCCGCCUCAACCAUGGACCUCUCUACCCUCGCCCUCAUUAUCCGUCCCUUCUCCCUCUCCAAGGCGAACGAGCUCUGGGAGCGUGCGCGCCAGCGCGAGUUCCUUCGUGCCCACGAGCGGAUCGUUCUGGACAACAUGACUGUUGAAGGUGCUGCGGACUGGCUCGCGAAGUGGCGCCAAUGGCAUGAAACUGAACGCAACGGCCGGUGCACGGCGUGCGAAAAGCGUACUCCCCUCGGUAUCCUUGCCGCCAUCCUUAUACGCGAGCGUCUCCGGAAACACGCCGCCUCCCUCUUCGUCCGCACUGUCGUUCGCACCGAAGUGGAGGCGCGCCGGGCGAACCCCGGUUUCGAGGACGAAGAAGAGGACGAGUCCACCUACGACGCUGACAAGGACCUUCAGGAGGAGCAGGAGCGUAAGGCAACCGUUGAAGCCGGCAAGUCGAUCGGCGGCCGCACCGCCGAGCUCGCCAUCCUCCUCGAGCGCAUCUGGGCUACUGGCUUCGCGUCCCGCGCCGACAUGGCUGCCGCGCAGCAGGCCGCUGCGACGGACGCCAUGCACGAAGACGAAGACGUCGACGUCGAUGCCGACUGUGAGGACGAGCGCGACCUCGCGAGCCAGGACGAGGCUGAGAUCCGCGCGCUCCUUACCGCGACGCUCGUCUACCGUCGUAUCUUCCCAUCCACGAUCCCCGCGUGCGCGCCCGCGUGGCCCGCAUUCGUGCUCUCCCCGCCACCCAGCCCGACCGCGCGCUCGACACAGCUGCACACGGCCCUGCGCGCCGCGCUCGGCUCACCUGCGUUCGAGGGUGGGGCCGACGGACGGUUGGAGGACCCCGCGCUCGGAGCGGCGCUGGAGGACGCGCGCGACCGCGUCGUGGACAUGCUCGUCGAGUUCGAGCGGGCGUGUCGGCGAGGCGGGCGGGCAUUUGACUAG